AUGUCAACACCAUAUAAAUCUUUUCCUUUCGUAUCAUCUAUUAUAUCACCUCCUCCAUCUCCUAAAAAAUAUCAGAUCCUUCUUCCUCCUCUGAAAUUUCCUUUUGAAUAUAGGAAUGAUGAUUCUACAUCUCUUGAAUCGCAACAAAGUAGAUAUCGAAUGCGUUUAUUAGAUGCUCCAACUGAUCUUUUGGAUUAUAUUGAAAAAUCGAAUUCAACAAUUCCAACUCCACCAUCACAUUGCCUUUCAAGAUUUUCUUUAUCAAACGCAAAAUCUUCACCUCUUGAAUUAAAUCAUGCUGUUCCUCCGUUAACUCUUGGUUCUUCAUAUCCUAUUACAAUGCCUAUUAAUCAAGAUAAAAAUAAUGAUCAUAAAAUUUCGGUUGGUAGAAAUCGAAAUACUCGUAAGAAUCCUUAUCCUAUUAGAGCUCCUACUAUGAGUUCUCCAGGAAUAACUUUUAAAGUUGAUAUGUAUACACCCGUUUUAAGAGAUCCUUUGGCUAUUUUACGUAGUAAUGAAAAACUUAAAAGUAUUUCAACACCUCAACGUAAAAGAAAAGGAAAUAGUUUAGCUAGAGUAAUGGCAGAUCGAGGAUUAUUAGAAUCUGUAUUUAAUGCUGAUAUUACUUCUAAUGAUAUUAAAUCUGUUAGAAUACCUCCACCACCUUCAAUGCAAUUUGACGAUUUAAUGAAUAAUAUUAAUAAACUUAACCUUGACACUAAUAUGUUAGAAAAGAUGUCACCUGAAAUUACUUGGAAGGGACAACCAUUAUCUAUAGCACAUUUACCUCAUUAUGAUGCUUUACAUCCUACAGAAGCUCAUGUAGUAUCUGUUCUUCGACUUACACCAGUUCAAUAUUUAACAGGAAAGCAUACACUUGUUUCAGCUGCUCAAAGAUAUUCUCAAAGAGCACUUCCUUUUCGUAAGAGUGAUGCACAAAAAUUACUUAGAAUCGAUGUUAACAAAGCUAGUAAACUUUGGGAAUUCUUUCAACAAGUUAAAUGGAUUUAA